AUGACGGAGCCCGAGACAGAGUUGGACAUGCUCAAGUCUGCCAAGAUGACCAAGGAGGCCUCGAAUUGCGAUGACCAUGAGCUUGGUAUCACAAUUGAGACCUAUGAUCGCAAGGCCGAAAGCAAAAUGUUGCGCAAGUUUGACUUCUUUGCCGUCAUCCCACUCGGCUUUUUCUACAUGAUGGCUAUACUGGAUCGGAGCAAUCUAGGCAAUGCACAAAUCGCUGGCAUGCCCGAGGCUAUCGGCCUCGUUGGGAACCAAUUUGGCACCGCUACCACACUACUAUAUGCUACUUAUGUUCCCUUCGAAGCCCCGAUUUCGGUGUUAGUCAAGAGUGUUGGCCCGAAAGUCCUUAUUUCGGCCUCCGCCUUUUGUUGGGGUUCUUCCACACUGGGAAUGGCAUUUAUUACAAACUACAAAGGGCUCUACGUCUGCCGUUUACUGAUGGGGCUGUUUGAAGCAGGUCUCAUCCCCGCAAGUGAGGUUUACAUGGCCCUGGUUUACAAUCGGACCGAAAGAGGGCGACGCAUGUCCUUAUUCUACACCUUCAGCUGCCUUGCCAGCGCUUUUGGUGGUCUGCUAGCAUAUGGACUGACACAGAUUGAUGGACCCAACGGCUUCGAAGGUUGGAGGUGGCUGUUCUCAGUGGAAGCAGCCAUCACCAUCAUUCUAGUUCCCAUCUUCUACUUCGUGUUCCCGAAAACCCCUGUUGACGCCUGGUUCCUGACCGAUGAGGAAAAACGCAUCGUCCGGGCACGCUACGACAAUGACCCCCAUUGGGCCUUCGAUGAGAAGUUCUCGUGGGUUGAGCUUGGUAAAGUUUUCGCCGAUGUGAAGUUUUAUGCCUUCUUUGUCUACCAGUUCUCCAUCAACCUCACACAGUUUGGCUUCACUACCUUUCUCCCUACUAUUAUUUCUGGCCUCGGUUACACCUCUAUUCAUGCCAAUCUGAUGACCGUUCCCAUCUAUAUAUCGGCUCUUGCGUUCUUCCUUGUCAUCGCCUUCGCUUCAGACCGUUACGGUAUGCGGGGACCGUUCAUGGCUGGCCCUGCGGGUUUAAUUCUUAUCGGGCUCACCUUGCUGGUUUCAGUUGAGAAUCUGAAUGUGCGCUUCUUCGCUUGUUUCUUGACCGCAUUCGGCCUAUAUCCAGCCGCAGCGCUGUCGAUGAUGUGGCUACAAGACAACGUCGCAGGCUUUUAUAAGCGGUCCAGCAUGGUCGGCUUCACGCUGACUCUGGCCAAUACGGCCGGCGUGGUAGUUGGGCAAAUUUUUACCUCCGAUACCAAGCCCUACUAUAAGAAAGGCCUUUCAAUUUGUCUCGGGUUCAGUGUCCUGGCCAUUGUAAUUGCCAUAGCUCUGAUGGUGGGCAUGAAGAUCGUGAACAGAAGGAGAGAGGCAGCAAUUCGUGCGGCAGAGGCGGCCGGUUCUCCACUCCCCCGUCAACCCGAGAUGGGAGACUGGGACGUGUAUUUCAGGUAUAAUAUCUAG